AUGGCCGUGCCACUCCAGCUUGACCAGCUCGUUGGCGUGCGUGUGCUCGAGUCGGGCACGAUGCCGUCGGGCACGACUGAUGCCGCGCUGCACAGUCGUGCCGACAAGUUCUGCGACAACCACCACCUCGGCGAGCACCCCGUCAAGGUGGUCGUCGCGCCGUCCAACGUCACGCCCACCAAACACGUGUUCAUGUGCAAGAGCCAAGAUAGCAGAGCAGUUGAGGCUGUCAAGCACAGCGUCGAUAAGAUCACUCUUCUUGAAAAGGAAAUCAGCUCCCUCAAGGCCCGCCAGAAAGAACAGGAUGAAAAGAUUAUACUACUUCAGCAGACUGUGGCUGACAUGGCCGAUCGCUCGUCCGCCAUUGCCAUCAUCUCUGCCAUCACAGAGCUCGGACGCGCUUUCGAGUGCGAGGGUCCAACAGCGAGCCGCCAUCUGGCCGACAUAUUCACGCAGUGCCGCGACAACAGCACCAAGCUGGGCCGCGCCGUUAGCGCCGCCAGCGUGGGCGUCCGCCGCGCGUUUGUCAAAAACGCGUCGUGGGAGGGCCAGGUCAAGAUCCGUAACAGAGAUGCCCAUCCCGUGUGGGACGAGCUCCUGGGUCAGCUCCUGGAGCUGGACCAGAAGGGUGUCCUGCUCGCCGCCGAGGCGAUCGUCUUCCAGCUUCUUGCCACCCGCCAACUGCAGCUCGACGGCAAGCGGUCUCUUGGAGUCGCAGAGCUACUCAAGGACGUCAUCAACGACCGCCCGGGGAUUCUGUCGCAGGAACAGGAGGAGUGGAUUCGGGGCCUCGAUCUGGGCGUGCGCAUGUACACGUCUCAGAGCCAAGACAUCCCCGUUGUUGAAGAGGUCGAGACCGUCCGUUGCCAGAUUCGUACUCUCUGGGAAGAUAUCAAUGCUCUGAAGGAGAAAAUGAAGGCGCUGGAGACCGUUGCUGCUGCCAACGAGGAAGCCGAGAAAGUCCGCGCGUCCGCCACUGUCCUCGUCGCUGCCGUCACAGAGCUGAGCAACGCCUUCGGCUGUGGUGGUCGUUCCGUGCACAGCAAGAUGGACAAUGUCUUUCAGCAAUGCUCGGACGAGGACACCAAGCUGGGCCGUUCAGUUCGCGCGGCCAACGCGCGCGUGCAAAGCGCCUUUAUCAAGCACGCGUCCUGGUAUGACCGGGUGGAACUCCGCGACAUCUAUCAGCGCCCCGUGUGGGAGGGUCACUUGCUUCAACUCCUCGAGCUGGAACAGCAAGACGUCCCGCUCGCGGCCGACGCGAUCAUCUUCCUGCUGCUCGCCACCCGUCAACUGCAGCUCGACGGCAAGCAGGAGGAGGGGGUGGCGAACCUCAUCCAGGACGUGGCGGACUAUGAAAAGUCGUGUCUGCCGACGCAGCAGCAGCGGGAGUGGAUGGACCGUCUCGGCCUUGGGAGGGUGGUGGUCAAGUCGUCGCUGUAG